CAGCAGCAGCAGCAGCAGCAUCAGCAGCAGCAGCAUCUGCAGCAGCAGCAGCCGCCACAAGGAAGUCAAGGUCAGACAACCUCGAGAACACAACAGCAGCAGCAGCAGCAACAACAGCAGCAACAGCAGCAACAGCAGCAGCCGCCGCCACAACAACCAGUAAAACAGACUCAACAGACCUUGCAGUCCAGUGCUCCAUCGACUGUGCCACCGAAAGUCGAGCCAGUGGACAGUUCCAAGACUGCUGCAAAACCGACUCCUCAGCCAGUAAGGGGACCGCAGGCUCCAGCACCAGGGCCAGCUGCAGGUAUCAAAAUUGGUCAGAAGCCGAUGGCAACGCCUGGAGGAACGGCACCGGGACAUCCUGGACCCGAAGGGGAGAGCAUGUUCUCCAAAAUUCUUCCUGGAGGUGCAGCUGAACAAGCAGGCAAACUUACUGAAGCUGUGUCUGCGUUCGGCAAGAAGUUUUCAUCAUUUUGGUAA